AUGGCAGACUCGGUCUAUUCCAGCUAUCCGCCAGAUUUAUCGCCGGCUCAGCAAGACUUUCUUGUCACUGCUGUGAAAGAUUGGGCCAUCCAAAAUGGUCUCGCUGUUCGACCUUCGCCAGCAAUUGUACCUCCUGGUACAGACACAAACGGAGUGCUAGCUACGAAUGCACCGAUAACUCUGUUUCCCAGUCCUUUCCCAAGGGCCUGCUUCCAGGAGGCAACUGCAUUGCAAUCGAUCUAUAAUGAGCUUUAUGCCGCAAUCACUUGUAAUACAGAAUGGCUUGGGAAGAUCGUGGAGGGAUUGAUUGAGGUGGAUGACUUCGUUGCGAACUUGUGGAAGGUUCACCUGGCUGUUCAAAAAGAAGGCUAUGUGCAGAAUCUGUCAUUGGGACUUUUCCGGUCUGACUACAUGGCUCAUGUUGCGUCUACCGGUGCAUCAUCCCUGAAACAAGUGGAGUUUAACACAAUCUCGGCAUCCUUCGGAGGGCUUUCGGCCCUCGUGAGAGAAUUGCACAAUGAUCUCCUGACUGUGCCCCCAGGAUCAUCUAUCAAUUACCCUCCUCAUCAUCUUUUGCAAUCUAGCACACCCCCUGAGAACACGGCUGUUGAGACUCUUGCUGCUGGGCUAGCGGAGGCGCACAAGGCAUAUGGACCAUCAAAGUCCACACCAGCCCUCCCGGUUUGUGUUCUCUUUGUGGUUCAGAAAGAAGAACGGAACGUUUUCGAUCAACAUGCUAUUUCAAACCAACUCAAAAAGUUCCACAAAGUCCCCGUUUUCCGUGUGUCCAGCGUGGAUGUUUUGGAUCAAACUUCAGUCUCCAGCUCGAAUCCCUCUCGGCCAUUGCUUUAUCAACCUCCUCACUCACCUGGCUCGACUUUCGAAGUUACCACUGUUUAUCUUCGAGCUUACUAUGCACCAGACGAAUACAAGUCUAGCCGUGACUGGGAGGCUCGCACACACCUGGAACGUUCCGCAGCGAUCAAGUGUCCUUCCGUGCUCAACCAACUGGCUGGCUGCAAAAAGGUUCAACAAGUUCUGGCGGAACCGACGGGAGUCGACCACCUUUCAAGCUUCUUGAAGGGUGCUGACGCUUCGCUUAUCGAAAGAGUUCGGGAGACAUUUGCCCCGCAAUACGAUCUAUCACCCAAUAGCCGCGGUCGAGAACUGGCUCUCAAUCGAGACACUGCCAUGAAUCAUGUCCUCAAGCCUCAGCGUGAAGGCGGUGGUAACAACGUCUACAAGUCUGAUAUUCCAGAGUUCCUGCGGUCUAUGCCGGAGUCGGACUGGAGGGGCUGGGUACUCAUGGAGUUGAUCAAUCCGGCACCGAGUGCUCAGAACGUUGCGUUACGAAAUGAUGGCGAGGUUCUCCGAGGACAUGUCAUCUCCGAGCUUGGAGUGUAUGGUACCAUCCUCUGGGACAACAGCGGCAAGGUUCUUCACAACGAACAAGGCGGAUACCUGUUGAGAACCAAAGGAAAAGAGGUGAACGAGGGUGGCGUGGCUGCCGGAUUCUCUAGCCUGGACAGUGUUCUUCUUUUCUAG